CCACCCGUAUUCCGGCAUGUGCUGACGGGACGCCAUGACGUCGGGUGUUUUGUGGCUCACUGUGAAAUCUCUCACAUCGCGACUCCAUCACGAAGCUAAGCGAGCAGUUUCGGAUUUUAAUACGUUACGGUGUGAAUAAAUAAGACGCAGUCGGGCGGACAUGGUGUGUGUAUGAGUGAGUGAGAGAGAGAGAGAGCAAAAGAGAGAGAGUUAAGAGUGAGAGAGGAGUGUGAUGACUGGUCGGUCAGCAGCAGCGUCCUCACACGGUGUUGUUAUACCGAGGAGAAGUUACAGAUACACGGUGGAAAGCGUUCUGACGCCUCGGCAGCGUAUUAUACGGUGUAGAGGUGGGAAAAGCACCGGACUCGUCGUGUAGAGGAAUAAAUACAGCUUGAAGGCGCCGCUGGUCUUCCUCAACAUCUCGAAGAGAAAUCUCCGAGCGCCUCUGUGUGUGUGUGUGUGUGUGUGUGUGUGUGUGUGUGAGAGAGAGAGAGAGAGAGAGAGAGAAAGAGAGAGAGAAAGAGAGAGAUGAGCUAGCUGCAUGGAGGAGCAGCGGGCCUUCACGGCCAUACUGUUUCCCCCUCUGGAUUUCCUACAGCUAGCCGACGACAGGCGGUGGCCCCCCAGCUAACUCGCCACCGCUAGCUCGCCGUUUUCCUGUUGGACUCUCGGGAGAAAGACUCGGGCGCCAUGGCGUGGGUGCUGAAGAUGGACGACGCCACGAUCGAGUCGGGACUCGUCCACGACUUUGACGCCAGUCUGUCCGGAAUCGGACAGGAGCUCGGGGCCGGAGCUUACAGCAUGAGUGAUGUGCUGGCUUUGCCCAUCUUUAAGCAGGAGGAUGGGAACCCCUCGGUCGAGUCAGAGAGUAAGAAUCCUCCGUUUCAGUAUGUGCUGUGUGCUGCUACCUCCCCAGCUGUUAAAAUACAGGAGGAGACUCUCACCUACCUAAACCAAGGCCAGUCUUACGAGAUCCGUCUGCUAGAUAACAGGAAGAGGGAGGAGAUGCCAGAACUCAACAACACGACGGUGAAGAGUAUAGUGAGAGUUGUGUUUCAUGACCGGAGGCUGCAGUACAUGGAGCAUCAGCAGCUGGAAGGCUGGAAGUGGAAUCGCCCUGGCGACCGUCUCCUCGACAUUGAUAUCCCUAUGUGUGUGGGUAUUACCGAACCCUGCACCCACGCGUCCCAGCUUAAUGCUGCUGAGUUUCUGUGGGAUGUUUCCAAACAUGCGUCUGUAUUCGUACAGGUGCACUGCAUAAGCACAGAGUUCACACCGAGGAAGCAUGGCGGAGAGAAGGGCGUACCGUUCCGCAUCCAGAUCGACACCUUCAAACAGAAUGAGAGCGGAGAGUAUGUGGAGCACCUGCACUCCGCCAGCUGCCAGAUCAAAGUGUUUAAGCCGAAGGGAGCAGACCGGAAGCAAAAGACCGACCGAGAGAAGAUGGAAAAAAGGAGUGCACAGGAGAAGGAGAAAUACCAGCCCUCCUAUGAUACUACUAUACUUUCAGAGACUCGUCUGGAGCCAGUGAUAGAGGAGGCUGUGGAGCACGAGCUGAAGAAAUCGAGUAAGCGCACGCUCCCUGCAGAUUGUGGAGACUCAACAGCCAAGAGCAAGAGAGGCAGUUGUUCUCCUUGGCCUGAUAAUUCUUACGUGAAUCCAAACACAGCAGCUUCCCCAACCUUCACCUCCAACACACACUCCUACAGUAACUCCGUUCCCGAAAGUGAAUCGUCUUCACCCAAUCACCAAGGAGAUGGUAGCCAGGUCUUCGUGGAGUCUUUAAGCCCGACAUCUUCCAUGCAGGAAGUACAGCAGUGGCUUCUAAAGAACAGAUUCAACUCCUAUAGCCGGGUUUUUACACAUUUCUCAGGUUCUGAUCUACUGAAAUUGACUCGUGAAGAUUUGGUGCAGAUCUGUGGGCCAGCCGAUGGGAUUCGUCUCUACAACGCACUAAAAUCAAAGGCAGUUCGACCUCGGCUGACUGUGUACGUGUGUCAGGAGUGUGAGAGUCCCCUGCUGGAGAGACGCUGCCACAGCAAGAACGGAGAACAUGGCAGUCCCAUGAACGUUUACCAUGCGCUUUACCUCGAAGAGCUGACCGCUCAUGAGCUGACCAGAAAAAUAUCCAACGUAUUGAGCCUGCCGCUAACCCUCAUUAAUCAAGUAUACAGGCAGGGGCCAACAGGAAUACACAUACUGCUCAGUGACCAGAUGGUGUCGAACUUCUGUGAUGAGAGUUGCUUCGUUGUCAGUCUUAUAAAAGAUGACACCAGUGACCGAUUCCAUCUAGUUCUGAAGUAGAGGCAUUUUGAAGACGAGCCGCUGAUGUCACUGAGGUUCCUCACUGCCGUUCCUGAGCACUGCACAUGCUCCCUCCAUCCUUCUCUUUCUCCCUCCCUCUAUCUCUCUCUCCAUAUCUACUGUGAGAGAGAUAGAGCAGAGGUUGGUCAAGGCCUCCUACCUGUUAGAAUCUGACUUCAGUGUAUACAUUGUUUCAUAUUGAAAACACAUUAACUGAAAUAUUUUGUGUGUGAACGGGAGGGACAGCUCUGAAGCAUGUGUGUGUGUUUUAAAGAUGUAGCGGGAGAGCUGGAAGGAUGGAUUUUAAAAAAACAAAAACAGAGCAGGGUUUUCUUGCACAGUCCUGAAUCAGACAUUCAGGAUGGUCCUGAACUCGGUCACAAAGCUGCCCUCAAUUUACGGUUUGGUGAUGACACCAUCUCCACUUGAAUAGUUUACCGUGUGUAAUAGUGGCUGUGCUUGUUUGAUUGCCUAAUGUACAUGUCUGUUGAAAAAGGACUGCACUUUUUUAUUAUACUUUUCUAUUGUAAUUUUGCUUUUGUUUUGUUUGUUUUUUUCUUGACACCUUUGUGUCUGCACAGAUGAAGUGAUUCCUGUGUGUAUGAUCACCUGUAGCUUGUUGUGAGGUAUAGAGCUUGGGCAGUGUUUUCAUGCAUAAAGCUUCCUUACAUAAAGUAAAUUAUGAUGCUGUUUGUCUGCUUCUACCGAGACCAAUCAUCUCUUGGUGCCAAAAUACUCAACUGUGUUUACUCGAUUCUGUAAGACCGCUUCAGAUGACUGGUGGCAUUUAGUUUGUACUUUUUUUUUUUUUUUUUUUUCUUUUUUUUUUCUCUUUCUUCUUUUUUUUUAGUUGACCAGCAACAUUUUUAAUUUAAUUGUAAUUCUUUACUAUAGUUAUAAUUUUGUUAGAAAUGGCAACGUGUAUUUUGUCAUUUAAUGUCUUUUUUCCCCUUUUUUCCCCCGCCUCCCCUUGUUUGAGACUGUGUGGUUGGUUGGCUCAGUAGCUCUGCAUUGGCCAGCUUUGGCAUGUACUGUGCAUUUUUUUUUUUUUUUUUUUUUUUUUUUUUUUUUUUUUUUUCUUUUUCUUUUUUCUACCACUAAGCAUGGAGGGCAAGGAUGUUGCCCUCUUCUAAUUCUAAGAUAAAUGACCAAGUCUGCACUGAUGUGAACAUACAGGAGCUCCACUCUGCUGUAUAUGCUGGUGUUCAACGCUGUUCAGAAUAAAGGUGUAGGCUGUGUGCACCCAUCCUUCACACUCCUCAGAAGGCAGCGAAUAAAACGUGGUGAUGACUCAUCACUCUCAUCCUCUGUGGAUCGUAUGGACUGUCCUGUGUGUUUUCAUGAGAACAGUUAUGGUACUUCCAUAUCACUGUGUCUUUAAGGAAGCCUGUCAUGUAUUGUAAGAUGCUGGGAUGUACACACUUAAUGCCUGUACCAGAAAUAAAAUAAUUUUAAUAUAUCAUA